AUGGAUCCGGCCAGUUACGUGGCGGACAAUCUCGCUGGGCUAUACCCCGUGCUGGCAUACUUUGCAAAUAAUAAUCGGCACCGCCCGCCAAACAGGGCCCCACUCAAUUCCAGUAUACUGCACUGCUUCACCCCUUCUGGAUUAGCGGCCACCUCCGCUACCUCGACGACAGUUGUUCCGGUAUGGGUCCAGGCCGGGGGUUUCUAUUGGUCUCCAGUACCCAAGCCUACCCCUAAGCCGGGGCAUAUACCCGUGCCUCCACUGCCCUCGUUUCCUCCCAUCCCAACCGCAUCAUGCUUCAAACUAUUCGAUCUAUUCUCAAUCGACUGUCCCCCCAACCGAUUCCUUCCAACAACCACUUUCAGUAGCCAGGCCCCGUCCCCAACCUGUACCGAUAUCAAUAGUCCCGGGUGCGGACAUCGCUGUACCUCGAACUGUGGUAGCAGUUCUAGCGAGGAGUGCACUACGCAAACAGCGACCAACUACUGGGUCACUUGCUCUGGCACCAGCUGCUCCACCACAAGAACGGCCACUUUUGCUGGAUGUUCAGUAACCAAUUCGGCCACAACAACGGGCAAGUAUUGCCCGACAGGUGUCAAGAUUGAUCCCAAUGACGACCAGGGGGCGAAUGGAUAUCCCCCCCGAACGACUUCGACCAUCACUACCAGUAUCCCAGAAAUUGUCAUCGUCGGGGGCGAACCAUAUACGGUAACGGGGGGAACCAUCAACGUCGAUGGCACGACUAUCCGGGUGCCGAACGUGGGCGGCAACGAACAGGUCAGUACGACAAUAGGCAAUGUGCCCAUGGUCAUCAUCCCAAGCUAUUCAGGAAUGAUGGUCGUGCCGGUGUUCCCAACGGCCAAGCCGACUUCCAACUCAAAGCCCGACCCCACUACCACCUCGAAAACCACGUCUACCACUUCUACUACCCGCCCGACAAAUCCAGCACCUACCUCUGCGGAUGGUUGUGGCUUGAUAAGGAAACAAGAUGUAUGCUGGAACAAAUGUGAUCCCAUCACUGGCAAGGCCACUGUCCAAACACAUUCGAAUGUCAACCAAGUAGUUGGGCUCGAGGUGGAUGCGGAAGGUCAGAGCCAGAUUCCGGCGGUUGCGCCAUAA